UUAAAUUGUUCUUCCUGAGCUCAAGAAACAAAAGAUGGUUUUGGAAAUGCUGAACCCAAUGCACUACAACAUCACCAGCAUGAUGCCCGAAGUCAUGCCUGUGGCCACCAUGCCAAUCCUGCUGCUCACUGGCUUUCUUCUUUUGGUUUGGAAUUAUGAGGACACAUCUUCAAUACCAGGUCCUGGCUAUUGCAUGGGAAUUGGGCCCCUCAUUUCCCAAUGCAGGUUCCUGUGGAUGGGGAUUGGCAGUGCCUGUAACUAUUACAACAAGAUGUAUGGAGAAUUCAUGAGAGUCUGGAUAUGUGGAGAGGAAACACUCAUUAUUAGCAAGUCCUCAAGUAUGUUCCAUGUAAUGAAACACAGUCACUAUAGCUCCCGAUUCGGCAGCAAACUUGGGUUGCAGUGCAUCGGCAUGCAUGAAAAUGGCAUCAUAUUUAACAACAAUCCAACCCUCUGGAAAGCUGUUCGACCUUUCUUUACAAAAGCUCUGUCUGGCCCUGGACUCGUGCGCAUGGUGACAAUUUGUGUUGAAUCCAUCAUAACACAUCUGGACAGGUUGGAGGAGGUCACCAACGAACUGGGUUACAUCGACGUGUUGACCCUCAUGAGGCGCAUCAUGCUAGACACCUCUAACAUGCUCUUCCUGGGGAUCCCACUGGACGAAAGUGCCAUUGUGGUUAAAAUCCAGGGUUAUUUUGAUGCGUGGCAAGCUCUCCUUCUCAAACCAGACAUCUUCUUUAAGAUUUCUUGGCUAUACAGAAAAUAUGAAAAGUCUGUCAAGGAUUUGAAAGAUGCCAUGGAAAUUCUAAUAGAAGAGAAAAGACACAGAAUUUCCACAGCAGAGAAACUGGAAGACCGUAUGGAUUUUGCCACUGAGUUGAUUUUUGCUGAGAAACGUGGUGACCUGACAAAAGAGAAUGUGAACCAAUGCAUACUGGAAAUGCUGAUCGCAGCACCAGACACCAUGUCUGUCUCUGUGUUUUUUAUGCUUUUUCUUAUUGCAAAGCACCCUAAGGUUGAAGAGGCAAUAAUGAAGGAAAUACAGACUGUCGUUGGUGAAAGAGAAAUAAGGAUUGACGAUAUGCAAAAAUUAAAAGUGGUGGAAAACUUUAUCUAUGAAAGCAUGCGGUACCAGCCUGUUGUGAACUUGGUCAUGCGCAAAGCCUUACAGGAUGAUGUCAUAGAUGGCUAUCCAGUGAAAAAGGGGACUAACAUUAUCCUGAAUAUUGGAAGAAUGCAUAGACUUGAGUUUUUCCCCAAGCCCAAUGAAUUUACUCUUGAAAACUUUGCAAAGAAUGUUCCUUACAGGUAUUUUCAGCCAUUUGGUUUUGGGCCCCGUAGCUGUGCAGGAAAGUACAUCGCCAUGGUGAUGCUGAAAGUCAUCCUGGUUACACUUCUGAGACGAUUCCACGUGCAGACUUUGCAAGGAGAGUGUAUUGAAAAUAUGCAGAAAAAACACGGCUUGUCCUUACACCCAGAUGAGACUGGCAACUUGCUGGAAAUGGUUUUUACCCCAAGACAUUCAGAAAAGUGCCUCAAACACUAAAGAAGGUUGAUCAGUACCUACUCUGGAGCAUUUCUCAUCAGUAGUUCACAUGGAAAUCACCCGUCUUUACCAGGUAGUAUCAUCCUCACAGUGGACAUUUGGUGGCCUGUGCCAUUUUAUAGGCAUACCUCAUAUGGGCUGUCAGCAAGCCAGGAAACAUUGGUUGUCUGUUCUUGUCCAAACCAUAGAAACAGACUUCCAAAGAAAAUAGAGGCCAACAGUUUGCAGGGGAAAUGGUCAAUUCCACAAAACAGGCUUUGAAAAAGAUAGGCCAUGAGCAAAACUUAUGUCCUCCUUCCCACAAAAUCCCCACUGCCCUGCCCCAAGAACAUUUUAAUGUCUGGGGCGGAAGCACUCAAGUCCAUUAGAAAGACCAGGCUGGUGUCUGGGUAUUUAGGGCCAAACAUACCUGCUAAUGUGAAUAAAAGUGUUUUGAUUUAGUUUUUAGUGGUAGGGUCUACAACAUUCAUAUUCUUUGGAGAAAUGCUUACAAAUUCAGUAUUUGACUUUUCCUAUGAAUUAUUCAAUUAACUCUUGAUUAUCCACAGGUGACUUGUCUGUGGAAAAAGUUAAAUAGGAGACUCUCCUUUCCCAGUCUCUCAGUUCAUGCCUCAGCCAAUUACCUCCACUACAAUAGAUAUCAAUUUGGGUGAUACAAAGUAAUUUAGUAAUAGCGUAAGUAAAAUAUAAUUAGGACCACCCAUCUGUUAUAGGGGGAAAAAAAUCACACAAUGCAUUUCAAAUUCAAAUAAAAAUUAUUUUCUUCAUGUUUGCAUCCUUGCUUGGCU